AUGAGUCAUCUGAACGAAUAUUUUCCAAUGAAUCUUCCAAUCUUGAAUGGUAAGAACUAUGAAAAUUGGUGUAAGCAGAUGAAAAGGGUUUUCUAUUAUCAAUAUAUUUGGGAUCUUGUGAAGAAUGAAGUAACCCCAAUUGGAGAGAAUGUUAUAGAUGAACAAAAGGUUGCACAUAAAUAUUUGAAGAAAAGGGAUUAUAAGGCUCUCUUUAUAAUCUAUCAAUGUGUUUAUCUAGACAACUUUGAGAAAUUUGGUGAUUUAGAUUCAACAAAGGAAGUAUGUGAUAUCCUGGAAAAAUCAUUUGGAGGCGUUGAUAAAGUGAAUGAUAUGAGGUUACAAACUCAUAAAAGAAUGAAUGAAUUGCUUAAGAUGGAAGACAAUGAAAGUUUCACUAAUUUCUUCACCAGAGUAACGAAAAUGGUGAAUCAAAUCAAAACGUAUGGAGAAGUGUUGACAUCAAAAUAUGUAGUGUCAAAGUUUUUGAGCUCAUUGGCUCCAAAGUUCGAUCAUGUGGUAGUAUCCAUAGAAGAAUCGAAGGAUUUGUCAAACAUGACAAAACAAGAGCUUCAAGGGACUCUUGAAUCUCGUGAACAACCAAUGGCUGAAAGAACUAGAAGCAAGCCGAAGACUGAUGUGGAUUUGCAAGCUCAGUCAACUAAGAAAAACAAAAUAAAAUGGAAUGGUAAAAAGGGCAGAGAAAGUUAUAAUAAUUUGAAAGGUAGAGGAAAUCAUCAAGAAGGUAGUUUGUCGAAUCAGAGACAAUAUUCUAACCAAGGCAAUCAUAGAGGUGGUGGUGUAGGUAGAGAGAGAGGUGAUGGAAGAAAACCUGAUAAAAGUCAUAUUCAGUGCUACAAUUUUCAAAAGUAUGGCCAUUAUGCAAGUCAAUGUCGAGGAGGCAAGAAAGAUCAAGAAAGUGAUGGAAAAACUUAUAGAAGAUGA